GCACUAUCAUUGUUCUCGGCGUCAUAAAACUACACAUUUAAAAACAUUGUUGUGUCCCGAACUAAAUUUUCAGCGAAACGUUGAGUUGUCUGUUUGCACAAGUGUAUGACGAACAUAUAAUAGGUUUUAAAUUCACGAUUUUUCCAUAACACAGUAUUGUCUUGAUAAAGUUAAUCGCUAGUUUGUGGAAAUGACGCCUUUCGUUAUAGCCGUUUUGAUGGCGACUUCUGCUAAUGCCGACUUGUUCCCUGGUGGCCUGUUUCCAAAUGGCCUCUUCCCGAAUGGACUGUUUCCAAAUGGACUAUUCCCGAAUGGUGUAUUCCAGAAUGGGCUGAAUAUGGAUAUGCCGCAGAUCACUAUUCCCCCCAUCCCGGCAAUCACCAUCCCACCGAUCAACAUUCCCCCUAUCACCAUUCCCCCAAUCCCCAUUCCUAAGAUCCCCACAGCGGAGGAGAUAGCCAGUAUGAAGGGGAACGUCAAUGGGGUUUCCAUCAGCACUGUGAACGGAGUCACCACUGUGGUGGUGAACAAAAAUGGGGUGGUGAAAAAAUAUGAGAUCGACCCAAAUUCUCCGGACGCUAAAAAAAAUGGAGCGAGCCAAUCAUCAUCGUCGAACAUAGUGGUAAGCAACGGCAGCCCCAACGGCUACUACCAGCAGUCGUCGAUGACCUUUGUGGGGGGGAACGGGGGAGGAGUCGCCAAUAUCAUACAGAACCUUGAUGGUGACGUCACACACGAGGUCGUCGACUUCUGAUAAUAUUAUCAAUAAGGAGCGAGUUCCGAACUAUCACCCAGUGUAUUAGCCCCCUAGUAAGAAUGCAUAAUAUUAUUUUCUACAAGGUGUAAGAAAACUAAGUGAUAAUACUUAAUGGUGUGUAUGUGUCCCUUUUAUAGAGCUCUCUGUGAAAGUAGCAGCGCUGAAAGAGUUACUUUUUUUUAAACUUUUACAUGGGAAAAUCCCUGACGCUGCUGGGGGCUGGGGCGCUUGCUUAUCCAAAAAAAAAAAAACUCUAUCUUUCAUAGUGUACUCUGAAACAUACACACCAAUAGGUAUUAUCGCUUAGUUUUGUUUUACCCUGUUAUUAUUGCUAAUAUUAGACAUAUUAUAGGUGAAACCAUGAGCGCUGGCUAGUAUACUGGGUUAUAAUCAUGGAACGCAUCCAAUUAAUUUUAAGCUCUUUAUAUUUUUUGGUUAUCGCUUUUCAUACACUAUAAAUAAAAAUUAUAAUAUGCUAUAUUAUAAUGUCUAGACUGGUGGAAAUGACCCUCAGUUAUUAUUGUUUUACUUUUUUACGUUAAUGCUUAAUUUAAUAUUUUGUCAAAUUAAUUUAAAAAAUAUUUAUGGACUUAUCAUACCAUUUGAAAUAAACUAAAGUCAUAUUUCCUUUAAAAAAGUCAUAGUUUAUUUACGGAAAUAGUUUAAGAAACUCUAUUUAACAGGACACAUUCAUUUAACUACACAGUUAAGUAACAAGGUCUUAGAACAUAUUUAGUGAGUAGUGACAAUAAUAUAAUAUACUUAGGUAUUAUAAUAACAUUGUUACAUCGUAACGGAGGCUACAAUAUUUUACCUACCUACAUUAUUAAAAAUUUUUUUGAUGACUAUAAAACAAUAUUUUGUUAUGUAGUCAUCAAACAUUUUUUUUUAUUUCAAAGUCGAUGACUGUUGUUCGUAACAACAUUCAACAAUGUACCCCCGGUUUUUGAAAGGUCUGUCAAAUCACUGAUCAAUUAACACUGUUGUUAAUUUACCAUGGAUGUCAAAUCAGUUUGAGUUUCUGAUACAUUGAUCAUCCGAAAAUUAACUAAUCUAUGAUCAUUUUUAAUUUGACUAGCGAUUUGUUUGUUUUCGUUUAUUGCUUCACUAUUACGUUAGACUAUUACCUAUCAAAAAUGCAAAUUAAAUGUCAAAAGAAGGAAUUGCAGAAUGUCAUUGCUGUCAAAAACGUUCUGGGAAUUUCAAAUCUGAUACUUUCUGAAACAUUGAUCAGACGAAAAUUAACUAAUCUGUGAUCAUUUUGAUUUGACAUGCGAUUUGUUUA